AUGGCAAGAGAGUCGGGAGCCGAGUUCUUGAUCAUGGAAGGGUCAAGACUUGGUGUGAGAGUCCGGUCAGGGUUACUGUGUGUUUCCCUGGCGCGGAUAUCACGCACGACAUUGUUUAAGAAGAACAGAAAGGUGUUUGAUUCUCCACCUCCUGAGAGAGACGGUUAUAAUUUGUUGACACAGUUGAGAGAUUUUGGUGCUGAGAAGACGGUUAAAUGCGGGGGCAAUGGGCAUGAUCCUGUUCAGGGUUGUGGAUCUCAUCACAACUGGCACAAGAAGAGUAUUUUUUGGGAUUUGCCGUAUUGGAAGGACCAUCUGCUACGCCAUAAUCUAGAUGUUAUGCACAUUGAGAAGAAUUUUUUUGACAACAUUAUGAACACCGUUCUAAAUGUUCAAGGGAAGACGAAAGAUAAUUUGAAGUCCAGAUUAGACUUGCCACUUCAUUGUUUCCGUAAGGAGUUACGGGUUAUGAAGAACGGGAAAGCAUUGCCCCCCUCUUUUGUGUUGGAUCCGGCUGCAAAGCAAGAGUUUUUUAAUUAG